AUGGUUAUUCCUGACCAUACAAAACUUAAACCUGUAUCGUCUCUUAUUGACAAAUUUGAGAAUAACCUUGACGAAAGUGCUCGGUCCCAACCUCGUGCUCGCAGUCCCAUUCCUGGGAAGUUAAUUUCGGCUUUUGAAAAAAACAAUAGUAGUAAAGAAGAGUCGACUAGUCCAACUUCUGAAAGCAUUACUACAACAAAUGAAAAAGAAGCUGUUAAUGAAGAAAAAGAAACUGUUUCCAAUGGUGAAAAAGAAGAAACAGAACAAAUAACUUUAAGUGUUGAAGAGACUAAAGAAGAAGAGGAAGCUGUCCAUAAAGAAGAAGAAAUAGUGCAAGAAAUAGUGCAAGAAAGUGUGCAAGAAAGUGUGCAAGAAAGUGUGCAAGAAAGUGUGCAAGAAAGUGUGCAAGAAAGUGUGCAAGAAAGUGUGCAAGAAAGUGUACAGGAAAGCGUACAAGAAACAAGCACACAAGAAAACGUGCAAGAAGAAAUUGUGCAAGAAAUUGUACAAGAAGAAACUAAGGAGAAGACACCAAAGCCUACUACUACAUCCACCACCAGUGCCACCACUACCAGUCAUAAUGGUGGACCAAAAAAAGCUAUUAAAAGACCAAGUACUAGUACUAUCGGUUCUAGCAUUAAAAAACCUUCAUCUAUUACCCCACCUUCUAAAACAAAUUCUAAAACUGCUUCAACUUCUAGAACUAAAUCUCCUGCUACCAAUAAAACCAAUUCUUCUUCCCCCUCUCUUACUAAGUCUAAAAUUGGUGCUACUUCAAAUAAAUCUAAACCUACUACUACUACUACAUCGUCAUCGAUACAUCAAAAAUCAACAUCUAUAGAAAAAACUAAGCCAGCUGCUACCACUGCCACUAAAACAACAAAGAUCGCCCCAAAAAAAUCACCGACCACUACCACGUCUAAAAUCAGCUCGGCACCUAAAACUGGUACUUCUACUACAACCGAUGGGAAAAGUACAAAAGUUCCUCAACCUCAACGACCUACUCCCGGAGGUGUUCAUUCCAAAACUAUAUCAAAAGAUACUUCUAAAACUACUCCUACAUCAAAAACAAAAGCCAAAACUCCAUUGAAGAAGCCUCCCGCUAAAAAAGUAGUAAAAGAUAAAGAUGAGAAUAAAAUAGAAAGUUCAAAAGAAGAAGAAACUAAAUCUGAAGCUAGCGAUUCCAAAGUCUCUGAAAAUCAAGAAGCCAUUGAAGAAGAACAUCGCGAGGAAGAACGUCACGAAGAACAACACCACGAAGAACAACACCACGAAGAAGAGCGUCAUGAAGAAGAACAUCAUGAAGAAGUUCAUGUAACCCAAGUAGUGGAGGAAGAACAUCACGAAGAAGUUCAUGAAACCCAAGUAGUGGAAGAAGAACAUCACGAGGAAGUUCAUGAAACCCAAGUAGUGGAGGAAGAACAUCACGAAGAAGUUCAUGAAACCCAAGUAGUGGAGGAAGAAAAUCACGUGGAAGAGGUUGUUAAGGAUGAAGAACAUCAAGAGGAAGAAGUAGUUCAUGAAGAAAUAGUUCACGAAGUAGUUCAUGAGGAAGAGGUUGCCCGUGAGGAAUCAAUUAGCCAUGCAAUUUUGAAUCAAACAAUAUCUACUUAA